AUGAGUACCUUGUUUUGGAAUUACCGCGGUCUUGGGACUCCGUGGACUACUCAAUUCCUCCAGGAGCUUGUCCUCCGCAAGCGUCCCAAUUUUAUUUUUUUGUGCGAAAUUUUGUGUAAACAAGUGAAAGUUGAUAGGUUGAAAAGAUUGUUGGGCUUUGAGGGUUUGGUGGUGGUGGACUCUAGGGGUCACAGUGGGGGCCUUGCUUUCAUUUGGAGGAAACAAGAGGAAGCCCAGUUACUAUCCUUUAGUCAGAAUCACAUUGAUAUGCUUCUCUCUCCAAAGGACUCAGCUACUUAUCGUGUAUCAGGUUUCUACGGUGAGCCAGACAGAUCUAAACGCCAUAUUACCUGGGAUCUCAUGCGUACCCUCACUCAGCAAUCUUCUUAUCCUUGGUGCAUUCUUGGUGAUAUGAAUAACAUUCUUAGGCCGAAUGAGAAGCGAGGAGGUCGCCCAUAUCCUCGCUGGUUGAUUGAUGGCUUCUCCCAGGCAAUUUGGGACUGUGGUUUGGUGGAUUUGGAGCUAAGUGGUUACCCUUAUACUUGGGAGCGUGGUAGGGGUUCGGAGAAUUGGGUGGAGGUAAGGCUGGACAGGGCUUUAGCUUCUUCUUCCUGGCUGAAUUUGUUUCCAAAUUUUAUUCUUUUGAAUACCGAAGUGUCAACUUCGGACCAUUGCCCCUUGUUGCUUGAUCCGUCUCCUAUCCAGCAUUUUCAACGCAUUAAGUCCUUUAGAUUUGAAAAUGCAUGGCUCCGGGAGCCUAUGUGCAAGCUUAUUGUUGAAGAUACUUGGGCUAUGAACGUUGGAGGCUCCAUUUUUGAGAAGCUAGAUGCCUGUUCGAAGACUCUUGAAGUGUGGGGUAAUGAUAUUACAGGGAAUUUUUUUCGCCGUAUUGGCCUUUGUCGUGAGCGGCUUCGGUCUUUGAAAGGUCGUAAUGACCCUACUUCUUUACGGCAAUACCAUGAGGCAAGCACUAAUCUGUUUGAGGCUCUUACGCAGAAAGAGGUGUUUUGGAAGCAACGUUCUAAGCAGGUGUGGCUCAGAGAAGGCGACCAAAACUCGAAAUACUUUCAUGCAUCUGCACGUGCUCGUCGUCGCUCAAAUCGCAUAAUUUCCCUCUGUAAUGAGCAAGGUAUGUCGAUUGGAUGGGCUGAUGGUCUUCAGGAUCUCAUAGUUGAUUAUUUUCAGCAUUUGUUUACGCCGUCAGCUUCGGAUUGGGGACCAGUUGUUGAUAUUUUGACCCCCAGGCUUUCGGUUGAGCAGAAUGCCACGUUGCUGGCUUCGGUUGAUGAAGAUGAGGUUAAGGCAGCCUUAUUUCAGAUGCACCCUGAUAAAUCACCUGGCCCUGACGGCAUGAGUCCAGGCUUUUAUCAGAAAUUCUGGAAUAUUUUGGGUCAUGAUGUUGUUAAGCAGGUUCAGGAGAUUUGGCGUCUGGGACGAUUGGAUGAUAAACUUAGUUUAACCAACAUUGUGCUUAUCCCGAAGAAGAAAUCCCCAAAAACAAUGCUGGAUCUACGCCCCAUAUCUUUAUGUAAUGUAUUGUACAAAGUUGCCUCCAAGGUUCUUGCGAAUAGGUUGAAACAGGUGAUUGAUCGGAUUAUUUCUGAAACUCAAAGUGCUUUUAUCCCUGGUAGGCUGAUUACGGAUAACGUCAUGAUUUCGUAUGAGAUUAUGCAUUACUUGAAGCGUAAGAGACAGGGGAAGGAUGGGUUUAUGGCCAUUAAGCUGGAUAUGAGUAAGGCGUAUGAUAGGGUGGAAUGGGGUUAUCUACAGGCUGUUCUGGGCCGUCUGGGGUUCGAUGAGAAGCUGGUGGCUAUGAUUAUGGCAUGUGUGAGCUCGGUUCGCUAUCAAAUUUGUCAUGGUGGUCGAGUUUUUGGUAAUAUUACCCCGGGUCGUGGAUUGCGUCAAGGGGAUCCACUAUCUCCUUAUCUUUUUAUUAUUUGUACCGAGGGUUUUUCGGCACUCCUUCAAAGGUAUGAACGGUUGCGUUUCCUCAGUGGUGUCCAGGUGGCGAGGGGUGCGCCCAAAAUAUCCCACAUGUUUUUCGCGGAUGAUAGUUAUAUUUUUUGUAAGGCGAAGUUCGAAGAGGCGUCCCAUGUGCUUGACCUCCUUCAUUCCUUUGAGCAAGCAUCUGGCCAGAAGGUUAACUUUGAGAAAUCCAGCAUCUUUUUUAGCCACAAUACUGAUGUUUCUGUUAGAGAUAUGAUAUGUGGGGAAAUGGGAAUUCAUGAGGCUGAUGAGGAGUCUACGUAUCUUGGGCUUCCUAAUAUUAUGGGCAGGAAGAAGUCAGUUCUUUUGGGGUACCUAAAGUCUAGGAUUCAGCAAAGAAUCGAGAGGUGGGAGGGCCGUUUUUUGUCUAAGGCGGGAAAGGAGAUUCUUCUCAAGAACGUGGCCCAAGCAUUGCCUAAUUAUGCGAUGAGUGUCUUCCUUCUUCCACUUGAGCUUAGUCGUGAUCUUGAGAGGCGGAUGUGUAAGUAUUGGUGGCAAUCUUCUUCGUCAAAGAAGGGUAUUCACUGGUUGAGUUGGAAGCGGUUGUGUACUCCAAAAGCUUUGGGAGGUUUGGGAUUUCGGGAUUUCCGUCAGUUUAACAUCGCUCUUCUUGGGAAGCAGGCGUGGCGUUUGGUUAAGUUUCCUCAUUCUUUGGUAAGUCGGGUGUAUCAGACCCGUUAUUACCCUCAUUCAACCUUCUUCUCGGCCAAGUUAGGUGGAAGCCCGAGCUUUAUUUGGCGUAGCAUUCUCGAGGCUCAAAGCCUUAUUCAGCGUGGGGCGGGAAUUCGUGUGGGGUCAGGGCAUUCGGUGAUGGUAACUUCGGACCCUUGGCUUCCUGAUUCUAAUAACCCGUUUGUGACUUCUGACCAUGUGGCUUUGGAGGGUAAAAGGGUUUUCCAGCUCAUGCUUGCGGAUCGUAAUGAAUGGGAUGUUGAUCUUCUAAGGGACCUCUUCCCGGAGAGGGAUGUGGAUUUGAUUUUCAACAUUCCUAUUUGUAGAGAUGAUGUGGACUCGUGGUAUUGGCGUUAUGACAAUCUCGGAAUUUAUACAGUCAAAAGUGCUUAUUCUCUUCUGCAAGGUUCUGCUUCAGAUUCGGAGACUAGUGCAAAUUCUGGGUUCUGGAGACGAUUGUGGCAUCUUAAAAUUCCUCCCAAAGCGAAGAAUUUCUUGUGGCAAGCUGCUAAGGAGUGCCUUCCAACUAGGGUCCAACUUCAAACAAGGCACGUCCUAGUCGACCCAUUAUGCCCUUUUUGUCAAACGGAGCAGGAGACAAUUGGUCAUGUGCUGGUUUCGUGCGAUUUUUCUGGGCUGUGUUGGCGUCAGGCAGGCUUGGCGAUUUCCACUAUGAUCACAGGUUCUUUUUCGGAGUGGCUGUCUGCUCAAUUUGCUAGAUUCUCUGGUGACCAACGAGCUGAUAUUGCAAUGAUAUGCUGGGCUUUGUGGCAUUGCCGUAACCAACUGGUAUGGCAGCAAAAGCAUCUUUCUCCUUCGGAUGUACUGCUGUUGGCUCGCACAACUUUGUCCCAAUGGGUCGGCGCCCAAGAUCGAGCUGUCAACUUGUCCCUGGGUCUACUUAUUCCCACUGAUGGGGCGGUGAAGUGGAGCUUGCCUAAGGAGGGGUUUAUGAAAAUCAAUACAGAUGCUGGCUUGUUCGAGUCCCUUAAUUGUUUUAGCUUCUCUUGCGUGGCCAGGGAUCAUAGGGGUCUGUUUUGCGAGGCAAGGGUCAGUUGUCGCAGAGGUAUGGUCUCUCCUGAGGUGGCAGAGGUUCUUGGCAUCAAGGAGGCGCUGAGUUGGGUAAAGAAUGCGAAUUGGGAUCAUGUGGAAAUUGAAUCUGACUCUAUGGUGGCUGUCCAGGCUAUUAGGAGUUCGGUGGAUAUGUGUUCCUAUUUUGGCCGCCUUGUGCGUGAAUGCAGACAAUUCCUUAUUGAUCUAAAACCCAAAGAUGUCUCAGUUACAUUUAUUAGGCGAUCUGCAAAUGCUUUGGCUCAUUGUCUUGCAAAAGCUACAAGCAUUGUCUCUGAUCGUGUAUUGGAAGUUUUUGAUACUUCUGUUGAUUUCCAAACAUUGUUAUUGAAUGAUUUGAUUUAA